GAUUUUCAACAAGGGUGCCAAGUUCAUUCAAUGGGAAAAGAAGUUUCUUCAGCAGGUGGUGCUGGGACAAUUAUAUUUCCACACACAAAAGAAUGAAGUUGGAUCCCUACUUCAUACCAUAAGGAAAGACACUGCUGAUCCUGUAACAUGGAGGAUUGCCUUCAUACCUCAUCUGAGAAUCUGUCCAAAUUGGUCAGCUGGGCCCACAGCCAUGGGACCAUUUGCAGCCUCAUUCCAAACCUGAAACACUUGCUUUCAGAAGGUUCCCAUGGGAACCUCACAGCAAUGUGGGGCUGUAGUGCUGGCCAUGCUUAUCACUGGCCAUUGACAGCUACUUGCAGAGCUGGGUCCCAAGAAAGGGUCUGUUUCCAGGAUAACAGAAGUUUUAACUCUGAUAGUCCCAGUAUAAUCGGAGUGCCCUCCGAGACACAAACUAGCCCUGUUGAAAGGUACCCUGGGAGACCAGUGAAAGCGAAGCUAGACUGUAAUCGGACCAGAGACUCUUGUGACUUCUCUUAUUGCAGUGAGCCCUCUGAACUGGAUGAAGCUGUUGAAGAAUAUGAAGAUGAAAACACCCUGUUUGACAUGGUUUGUGAGUCUUCUGUUACAGAUGAGGAUAGUGACUUUGAACCCCAAACCCAAAGGCCUCAAACCAUUGCUCGAAAAAGGCCUGGAAUAGUUCCAUCUUCUCUCCAUUCCAGCUCCCAAGCUCAAAUGGUUGAUGAAUGCAGCAAUGAUGUCAUCAUUAAGAAAAUCAAACAAGAGAUUCCCGAGGAUUAUUACAUUGUGGCGAAUGCAGAGCUGACUGGAGGGGUAGACGGACCAGCCCUGUCAUUGACACAGAUGGCAAAACCCAAGCCUCAGAGUCAUGCUGGUCCCUCUUGUAUAGGGUCUGCUAAGCUGAUUCCCCAUGUAACAUCUGCCAUCAGCACAGAGCUGGACCCACAUGGUGUGUCUGCAUCUCCCUCUGUGAUGUCCAGACCGAUCGUCCAGAAGACUGCCAGGGUAUCUCUGGCUUCACCAAACAGAGGACCUCCCAGUGCCCAUGGCACAAACCAGCAGGUGGCCAUGCAGAUGCCUGUGAGCACUUCCCAUCCUAAUAAACAGAUCAGCAUCCCUUUGUCUGCCCUGCAACUGCCUGGACAAGAUGACCAAAUUGCUUCUGAAGAGUUCCUGCCCCAUCUGCCCAGCCAGGUCUCCUCUUGUGAGGUAGCUCUUUCUCCCUCAGUUAACACAGAGCCAGAAGUGAGCUCCAGUCAGCAGCAGCCCCCAGUUGCUCCAACCAUAACCACUGAGGCCACAGCACAGUGCAUACCAGACCAGGAUGAAAGAGCAGCUGAGCUCAGCAGGGAGCAGAAUGAGAAAACCAUCCGGAGCACGCAGACUGCGCUCCGCAAUUUCCGCGAGUUCCUCAUCUCCAAGUAUCCUUCUGAAACAAGAGAGAUUUAUGUCAUCCCUUGCAAGGAGUUGGAUGCCUACCUGGCCUCUUUCUUUGUGGAUGCCAGGCAGAAGGAUGGGUCCGAGUAUGAACCCAACAGCUUGGCCAAUUACCAGUGUGGACUUGAACGGUACCUAAAAGAACACAGGUAUGGCUACAGUAUUACGAGGGAUAAGGAAUUCAAGCGUUCCCAAGAGGCCCUGAAACAGAAGCAGAUUGAACUCCGCUGCAAAGGAAAAGGAAAUAAGCCACACAAGUCCAUGAAGCUCACCUUUGCUGAUGAGCUCAUUCUGCGGAAAAGAGGACUGCUGAGCCGCUAUAAUCCCGAGGGUCUUCUCAACCUUGUGUGGCUCAACAACACAAAAGCUUUUGGGCACUGCACAGGAUUCCAUGGAUCUACCUUGAAGUGGGGUGAUAUCCGGCUCCGGGUAACAGAAACGGGGCUGGAGUACUUAGAGUGGAUGGGUCAAGACACUGGUGACCUGAAUGCCAAAACCAAGAGAGGGGGGACGGACUCUCGUGUGUAUGCCACCCAGCAUGCCCCACAGACCUGCCCCGUACAGGACUAUAAAGAGUAUGCCCAGCGGCGACCUCCUGCCAUGCGCUACGAGGAUGCUCCUUUCUACCUGUCCAUCAAGCCAGUGGUGAACUUGGCAGCUCUGCAUUGGUAUAACUGCCAAGCCCUCGGCAAGAACAAGCUGGCCAAGAUGGUGAAGACCAUGUGUGAGAAGGGCAACAUCCCCGGCAGGAAGACCAAUUUCAGCGUGUAUCAGAGCUGCAGCACCUUGUCUGAGGCCCAGAGCAACCAGCUGGUGCUUAUCUGUAACAAUCUGAGCCAGCAGGCUGCACAGUCAGUGGCCGGGCACUCCAACAGUGGCAAUUUCAUCGUCUCUGCCUCUUAUGACUCUUCCUCAGACACUGCUUGACCAGGUGUCCUGAGCAAGACCCCAGCUUGGUUACUGUGUCCAGAGAAACUGUGGUUAUACACUGCUUCUCGUUUCCUUUCCUCGGCCCUCAGUGUUAACUUUAUAAAAAUAUAAAUAUAUAAUAUAUUUUUCUUUUUACAAAUAAGCCAAUGGAGAUAGUUUAGUAUUGCUAACAUAGUAUUUAUAGGCUUAACACAAAUGUACUUGUGGGUGAUUAAAUGUAAUUACUGUUACAGCCGUUACAAAACCAUAGUGGUUCUCAGGCAAUACAAAGUAGAGAAGGAAUUCCGUUUUUUAAAAAACUGUCAGAAAAGUAACUGAAAGUCGUCCUAGACACGUGUGUCCUCAACGCCUGCUUUUCCUUCCCACCCCACCUCUCACUUUGAGUCUAGUUAAUAAAUGGCUUUAUUUUUUUAAGUUUUAAAAUUUUAUAUUAAUCAGGAGGAAACAGUACUAGCUCUGCUGCUUACACAGAAUUAUAUUCAGUCAGAUCCAGAAUAUGAGUGUUGACAUAAGCUCUACAAAUUAUUUACAUAUUUUUUUUAGCUGAAUUAGAAUUUUAGCUCCUGUGCCUCUUUUUUGUAAUGUCUGAAAAUCUAGAUGUUUAGGUAACAUCUUUUCUUUUGAGGGCAAUAAAGGUGCCAUUCUUUUUGAAAGAUAUAUAAUUUUUAAAUAAUAUGCAAAGUCCAAUAUUGUGGCAAAAAAGACUGUUAACAGCUCUUUAGUGUUGUGCUUGAACCUGGAUAGAUUUUUUUUGUUCCCUAAGAAAUCAGUUUAAAUGAAGUGUGAUUUUCAGAUUUACAAAACUACCAAAGCUUUCAAAAUGUUCCCAAGCGUUAGACUGUAUAUCAAACAUAAAGAGAAGGUAGAGAAUGGGAGAGUCUUAUUAAACAUCUGGAAGCGCUAGUCAGGACAACAAAAGAGGACUACUCUUCAAAGCCCAAACCCCCUGAAUUAUUUAUUUAUAAGCAUUAAACUUCAGUCUCUUUUCCCUAGGAGAUUACUUAACUCUGUAGUUGAGAUCAAAAGAAUAUUGACACUCAUUUUGGGUAACAACAUUUUGUUAUUGGAUUUAGCUGAAUUCAAAGCAUUCUCGAAAAUGUGCAGUUUCUAGUAAAUAUAAAUUUAUCUGUGAUACCCUGCAAUUAUAAUAAUAAUAAUUUUGGUUAAACAGCUCUUUGUGGUGGUUUUCCCAAGGUCUUUAUUUUCAAGUCUUAAAGCCUGUGGUGUAUUUUUAGUUAAGAUCCUUCAAUAACAACAUAAAUUUAGACAUUAGGGCGACAAUGAAGUUGAGCUUGGUUCCUGUCCUGUAUAAUCAUUAACACAUAGAAAAUCUGAAUCUUAAUUGCUUUGUUGGAUUCUGUUGGGAAGUAUUUGUUCUUUAAGGCAACCUCUUAAUUCACAUUAGCUAGAAGGGUAGGUGGUAUUUUAUGUGUUAACUUAUUGUACAACGAGUUCAGGUUUCAUUUUUAUAUGCCUUCCUAAAUCAUCACAAAAGCCUAGGUUUCCCUUGGCUUGGUAGCUUUUUUCAACACCAAGUCAUAAACACAUAAAGACUCAUUCCUCUAUAUGGUGACCUUUCCUUUGGUUCACGAGUAGAAAGUCUUCUGUGGACUUUUUGUGGUGGAAUCAACUUCAUUUCGUGACUUUUCCUCCAUAGAGAGGCAUCCAGAAAUAAGAAAGGGUGGAAGAUAUCUUGCUUUAUUUUUUUUUUUUGUAUUAAUGAUGGCAGCCACCAUUUUUUAACUAGUGUGUAUGCCAGCUCUGUGUCAAGUGACUUACAUGCAUCAUUUAUAUAAUAGUUACUAACUGUGUGAAAAUUAGAAAAUUUAGGUAAGCAUAAAGAGCACAAACACUCAUAAAUCUGCUGGCCCAAAUAACCACUGUUAAUAUUUUAGUAAAUAUUUCUUUAGAUAUUUCAAUACAUACAUAUUUAUUUCUGUACACAUCUUUCAUCCUUUCAAUCCUUGAAAAGCUUAGUUAUCUUCAUUUUAUGUUGAGAUCAAGACAAAUCAGUUAUUGUUAAGGAAAUGGUACUGUCUUCUGACUUGAGUUUUUUCUGUUUAUCUUCCUUAGUUCCAACUCAGAGUCAGUUUCCAGUGAUUUGAGCCAGAAAUGGGGACACAGUGUUUUCCCAUCUCUCAAGGCUAUCUGAUUAGAAGGAAUGCUGAGUGACCUUUCAUGGUGGCACACUGUGUCCCCUGGUGCCCCCUCUUCUGUUCAUUUUGAGCCACAGGGCCUCUUUCUCCCAGUUCCCUUUACAAAACUUUCCUUAUUCUAUAACCUUGUUUGUAAGUGUACAGGACAGCCUACUAUAAAAGAACUCUUAAAAAAAUUUUUUUUUAAUGUUUGUUUAUUUUUGAGAGAGAAAGAGUAUGAGCGGGGGAGGGGCAGAGUGAGAGGGAGACAAAGAAUCUGAAACAGGCUCCAGGCUCUAAGCUGUCAGCACAGAGCCUGACCUGGGGCUUGAACUCAAGAACUGCAAGAUCAUGACCUGAGCCAAAGUCAGAAGCUUAACCAACUAAGCCACCUAGGUGCCAAUAAGGCUGUUCUUAAUGGGUUACCUCUCGUUUAAAAAAAAAAAAAAAAGGUUUUUGUGAAACAUUUAAAAUGUGUGCAUUUUAUUUUUGCAUUGACAUACUUUUAAAAAUUCUUAAUAUGUUUUUGACAGCAAAGUAAGUUUGUCAUGAGGAAGAAGGGCAGCGAGGAUGUACUGAGAAAGCAGAAUUAGGGAAUUUUGCAUUCCUAUUUGUGUUGAUUAAGGCACUACAAUGAAAAUCUCUCCUAUUUCAUUCUAUUGCAUUUUCAUUCAGAAGAACACAAAUUGAGAAUGUAAAUUACUUUUUUAUUUAUUUUUAUUUUGCUUUGAUAACUCAAACCAAAUAGGAACAUUGUGACAUUUAGAUUUAGAAGGCUUUUCUGAAGAAUGGCUUGGUACGAGUUUAGCUAAAUUACAGUAUCUCUUUGCAUUAAUGAAAUUAUGAAAAAUUAUCUGCAACUACCUCUAAAUUUUGUGUUUUUAUAUAAACAAUACUGAAGACGUGCUAUUGCCAGAUGCCAUUUUCAUUGUUACUUUAACUUAAAAGAAGUUAUGUUCAUACUGUGGCACUGGUACAUGCCAAAAUAUCAUUCAUGUGCUUUCGUGAAAAUUCAGCAGUCCAGCACGUGUUCACUACAACUGAAUGUGCUGCCUUUCCAGUCAAUCCUGUGAUUCAUACAAAAACCAUAAAACCAUAUUUGCAAGGUUUACAUUUUUAAGUCAGUGUAAUGUCACGUAAGGAAUUCUCCAGUGCUCCUCACAUGACUCUGAAAGUCUUGCACUGUCUACAACAAAAGUGUCAAGCCCAUCUGUCAGCAUUUGAGGGGAGAUAGCUGCAAAAUUCAGUCUUUCUUCUAUAUUCAUGUGAGUGACUGUUGAAAACCUUGGAUGGUAGCAAUUGUUUUUAAAACCAUAAUAUCUGAAAAGGUUAGAGAAAUUCAAGAUGUUAAUCCAACAGAGCUUAUUCUUAAAAUUCCAUUUAUUCUCCUAGUUAGUAGGGGUGGUCUGAAUAUGGUUUGUAAUAUGCCAGCUACUUAAAAUAUUUUUCUAGAUCUUUUCCCUGUGUUAAAUUUUCCGUAUGUCAAUUCACUUUCCCCUGUGUUAAAUCACUUCCCAGAGCAGUAAACAAUAGUCUGAAAAUUUUCUAGAGUAGAUCAGGUCUCUUUGGUUUUUCAUUUAGAUCAUUGUUAGCUGAAACUUUCAUCACAUUAUUUGGCCUCAGUCAUAUGGCUUAGCUUUUAAGAUGUCAUGACAUCAAAUAACUUUCACUGAGAGAGAAUUUACAGCCAUAUCAACAGAUAUUUGAACACCUAUUGUCCAGACACUGGGAGGGGUACAAAGAUGUGUAAAACAGUCCCUACCCUCGAAGAAUUUAUAAAAGAUACUGUAAUAAAAGUUUCAUUUCAUUUCUGAGAGCUCACCAAAAAAGUCUCUGCCGAUACUCUUUUUGCAUCAUUUCCCGAAUUUGUACUCAUACAGUUUGUCUAUUAUUCAGCCACUGAAUAUGUUGGUUUGCUGUGGAAUACAUAACACUGCUUUGAGUAUUUUGACGAGAAUCUUCCUUAGAGCCUGUUUUAAAACCAAUAUGAAGGCAGCCACUCCUGCACCAUCUAUUGUGUUCACAUAGGUGCACACAUGUACAAGAAUGUGCAGAUUACCAUCACUAUCGUUUACUGAGUACUUAACAGUAUGCCAGAGUAGUAAGUGCUUCUGUAAGCUGUUUCACUUAACUCUCACAAUAGUCCUGAGGGUAAGUGUGAUUAUUUCUCCUUCAUAAAUGAGGAAAUCACGGAAGUCAAAUGGGUUGCCCAUAUCACAGCUACUACAUAAGAGCAUCGGGAUCUGAAACCAGAUCCAGAUCCUAUUAAGUUCUGUCCUUUUCGGCUGAGGCAGCUUGUUCACAAGGUGAUUUGCUGUGCAUCUGUGGACUCUGAAGUGAUAAAUUAUACAUGAAAUCCCUAGUGUAAUAAAAUCAUCAAUAUUCAUUCAAUUCCAAAUUGAGAGCAGUGCCAUCACCUGGCAUGUUUGUUGGUACAACAUUGUUUAGGCCUCAUUAUUUUAAUUAUUUUGAUAUAGGACAUUUGGCAGCUUGUUUCUCCCCUGGCCAUGAGUAGAGAGCAUAAGUCUGUGUCACUUUUUAAAGGACACUUAACUUUUUCAUGGAGGUGAGUGUGUGUACAAGUAAUUAUAUUUUUAAAAGUGAUUUCCAUUUGUUUUUACCCCCAAAUAAACCAAAAACUCAAUUUUAAGAGAGUUCCUCAUAAAUCAGACAGGGAAAGGGAAGGUUGGGCUCUUAAGCCCAAAAGGCAGUAUUGCCAGCCACCAGCUACUGAGCAUUGAUUGCCGGUCUGCCAGGGAGUUUGAUCUUGCCUGCAAAUUUGGUGCCAGCAAAUUAACAAUAUUUAUUUUUUUUAAUGUUUAUUUAUUUUAGACAGAGACAGAGACAGAGCACAAGAGGGGAAGACAGGGAGACACAGAAUCUGAAGCACACUCCAGGCUCUGAGUUGUCAGCACAGAGCCUGACCUGGGGCUUGAGCCCAUGAGCUGUGAGAUCAUGACCUGAGUUGAAGUUGGAUGCUCAACCAACUGAGCCACCCAACCCCCACCCCCGACAAUAUUUGAUAGAAGAAUUUGUUGUUAAUAUUUUGGUUUUUUAUCGAGAUUGUUUUUGGGGUGCCUGGCUGGUUCAAGUCAGUUAAGCCUGUGACUCUCGAUCUCAGGCUUGUGAGUUCAAGCCCCACGUUGGUUGUGGAGCCUACUUAACAAACAAACAAACAGACAAACCAACAAAUAAAGAUUGUUUUUAACAAAAUUUUUGAAGAAAAAUACUAUCCUUACGAGUCUCAGAAUUAGAGAUAGACCAAAACCAUUCAGAUUUUCUCUAGUUGGCUACCUCCAUAGUUCAACAUAUUAGAGGCAAACACUUCUGAUUUUAAUCAGGCUUCUUGUGACUGGUUUUCUCUAUCUAUAGGAAAGGAAUAUUUUGAUCUGUAUUUCUCUAACCAAAAUAGAGCUAUAAUACUUAGCAUCUAUAAAUAAAGACUCUACUAUGUGAUAAAGGACAUAAAUUUCCAAGCCUAGCGGAGAAGUCAAGAGGAGUGAAUGAUAAUUUAUUGCAAUAAGCUAAUUUUUAAAAGGUUCAUUUAUGAAAAAAAUGUUAUAAACACUAAGGAAUUAACAAGUUCUCUACCAAUUAGUUUUAGUAGAUUUUUUUCUCAAAUAGAAUUCCUUUAUAUCAGAUCUUGGCAUAUUACCAUAUGAUAAGGUACAGAUAGAGAGUUGCUUAUUAAGAAACAUACCAUUGGCAACGGGAUCCUCAGUUGUUUUUUGUUUUUCCCUUAAUGCAUGGAAUUCAGCAUUGCUUCUCUUCCCUGCUCAGAUCUGGCUGAGAUGAAAUGAAUGCAUUUUCACAAGGCAAAGUGAGGAAGACAGGAUGAUUUUAAGAGAUCCUUGCCAUAGAAUAUAACUGGGACAUAAAUAUACUCCAUAUAUCAUCUUUGGUUAAUGUAUUUCUAAUGAUAUAAAACAGAAAAGGGGAUGAUAUUGGCAAACUGCCAACAACUCUGAUUUCACUUCUAAUCAGAGAAAAGGAAGUUAAUAAAAAUUUAUCAUGCUUCAUCCUAUUUGUAAAUUAAUCAGAUGGAGAGAAACACCUAGGUUGGUAUGAAAGAUUGCAUUAUUUUUAAAAGACAACAUUUUAAUACAAUUGAGUUGGUUUGUAAACCAUGACUUUGUUGAAUUACACUCAGUAUUAAUGAAGUCAGUAUUAAUUUGAUCAGAAUAUUAAUUAGGUCAGAAUAUUAAUGUGAACCAUCAUCUUUGCUGAAUUAUAAUCCUAGAGGCUGACCAAGAGAACCUCGAGUCCAGUGCUUUUCAGUGCUAUGAAGAAUAGGAGUCACCAUGUCCUCUUGGGAGUAGAGGACAAGGAGGUCAAGGAGUAGAGAUUGCAAAGGGAGUCCUCACGCUGAUUCCCCAGGAAUUCUCAUGUUCCCUAUGCCCCUACCUUCCUAUUUUGAGACUCACUAGACUGAAUGAGCUACUACCUCUAAGACACAUCCUUCACAUGGUGAGUCUGGAAAAUAAGAUUGGAAACAUCUAACCUAAUCUACCCCUCUUUUUUAUAGAAGAGAGGAACAGUCCUAGAGACAUUAGAUGAAUGCCCAGGUGUACACACCUUGUCAGAACCAGAACUGGAACCUAGGCACCCUGACUUCUAACCCAUAGAUCAGAGUUUAGGGAGGGAAAACAACUCUGCGUUUCCACUGAGAAAGAGUAUCCUUUUCUUGUUUUCAAAAUUGUAAUUGGUUUUUAAGCCUUCAGUCAAGUUUCUAUUAGAAGUAGAUUCAAGCUGCUAGUUUCCAAAUAGGCUAUUUUUACAUGUGAAUUGUCACUUUUCAUUGUAUAGUGUUAUAUCUUGAUUUUAGCAACUUCUUUUUGAAAUUUGAUGGAAUAAUCUCUAAAUAUAAUCAUUUUUUAACACGCAUCUCUCCCCAUUCAUACUUAGUUUUCAUUUACAGAGGGAAAACAAACUACAGUUUUCAAGUAUAUGAAUUCCAAUUAUAGAUCAUGAACUAAAAAGUAACUUUUUGUUUAUUGUGACACUCAUUUGCAUAUCCAGCUUCAUAGUAUCUAUAUUAUUAGUUUCGAAUGCAGUCUAUAAUAUCCUUUUUUAUUCUAUGGAAAGGUUAAAAUAUCAUCUUGAAGGUUUGAGAUGUGUCUUCAAUCCAAAGGAUCAAAGUUCUAUCAACAUAAUUAGGAUGUUUCUGAAGUGAAUUUAGUUAAAGAUAGGGAAGAAAGAGAAAAUGGGAACUAAUGGAAGACCUAUAGCAGGAAGAUGUAGAAAUACAAAGUAUUUGUAAAUUCUCUGAUUAUCCUGCUUGUUCUUCUAAAAAAGAAUUCAAACAUAAAUGAAAAAUUUUCACAAAUUUUUAUUUUACAAAUUGUAUUUACCAGAUUAUAGUUGAAGAAAAAAGGUGAAAUUCUAGGAUUUUUUUUUUUUAAGUACAGUGGAAUUGUCUUUUGAAUGCAGUGUUGAAUUUUGCUAGACUUCUAAUGUUCUCCUUUGUAUUACACUGGAAUUAGAGAGUAUUUUUACCAUGGUACAUCCAUUUCAAAGAGCUUUGAAAAUGCUUUGAUAUAAUUUAUUUAUUUGUGGUAAGUAGAAUUAGGAAGACAUCAGCAAUAUAGAACCUUAACAGUAAUUGCACAUACUGUAUUUAAGUGAUUUUUAUGUCUGUUUACUUUCUGUAAUUCUUACAUUUUAUAAAUCAAAUAACUUAGUAUACUUCCACUAGAAAUUAAUUUAUAAUGGAUUAUUUAUACUGGAUGAAGUAGCAGGUCCAUUUUAGUAUUAAUCCACCCAGAUUAACUUUAUCUAACUGAAUUUUUAUAUCUACAGUUCAUUAUAUUACAACUUUUUAAAUAGCAUUUAUAACAAAAGAACUUUUGUUUUAUAAAGUAUUUGUUACAAAAAAAAAAACCCAUCUUGCCAAAAACCAUUACAAUUUCUAUGCAUUGUGUAAUAUUCAGUGAUGUCACUGUUGAGAUUUGCAUGUUGUUAUAGGUGCCCUUUCCUAUCUGUGUUUGUGAUGUUUAUGUGGAAUUGUUAACCAUUGCUGCUAUCACUUAUUGUAGCUAAACUGAAGAACUGUGCUAAGAGGCUGUGCCAGUCAACAGUUGUAUGUGUGACUUGUGAAAAUGUGUACUUAGUUGUUUAAUAUUUUGAGCCAGCACUUAGUGGCCUCUACGGAAGGAAAUAUUGUAGUUGUCAAGUGGUGCCAACUUCAGCAUCUUGUUUCACAUGUGUAAAUUCCACGUCAAAUUUUCUUCCAUACUUUCCCCCAACUCUUUGAAAGGAAAUGUUUGCAAAAAGAGAAAGCAAGAAUUUUUAGCUUUUUCGGUACUCCUCCCACCUCAAAUCUAUUUUGUUCUUCUGAUACUUGAACACCUUACAGAAAAAUCCUAUGGAAUGACUAUGUAGCAGCUUAAUUUACUUUUAUCUGGUUAUUUCUAUCCAGGUAAAUGAUGUAAUAACAGAACUAUGAGGUGCCUACAUCAUUUUUGUUGGUUAUCCUGGCUUAUUGUUUGAAUUGGUUUUAAUAAGAAUUUUUAGCUUUUCAAAUUUAUUUAUUAGGGACUGUGGAAGUCUCAGAGUUCCCAAAUAAUUAACUUUUAUAUUCAGCAUUCACAUGGGCUUUAUAACCUAUUUGGCUGCCUUAUGACCAUCAGAAUUUUUUCAUACCCACCUGUCGUUAGUUUUUCCUAGUAUUUACAUCUUGUGUCAGUAUUUCCAAACAAACCCUGCAAUUCGAGAGAAAAGUGGAUGAAUUCUAUGUUUUGUUAAAAUUCAACAUGGGGGAAAUAUUAUACAUUUAUACUCAAACUGGAAGGGAAACAGUCAUAAAAUGUUAAAGAAAAGUAGGCUAUGUUCUUAAGAGCAUUUUAAUACCAACAUGUCAAAAUUCCUUGCUUAGUGCAGGGUUUCAUUCUGUCUGCUCAAUGGGUUUAUAAUUAUGAGAUUUCUUUAAUCUCCUGAGUUAUGUAGAGGCUUUUUGUGUGACUGUCAGAUACAUGGUGACAGCCAAUGCUGUAUUUGGAAACAUUGCUGCUGAAAUUGCUGAUUUAAUUUUAAGAAUAUUAAAACUAAUUCAUCAAGGCCCCUGCCACUCCUUUGCUUAAAGGAAAAGAAAGGCAGAUUUUAAUUGUGAGCCUUUUCUGCAGAAUAUGCUUUAAACAUUUACCCCUCAAUGGAGGUGAUAAAGCAAUAAAAGGAAACUCAAUUAUGUAUGUUCUAAAGAAGUUCUGCCCUUGUCCAGUGGCCUCCAGAACAACACUAAAGUAUUUCUUGAUUCCUGCAUUGGGGGUUUUCAGGUGAGGUGUUUAUACAUAGAAUUUCUUUUAUAUUUUGGACACCAAAGAUUAUGGCAUGAUAGAUCAUGAUGAUUAAUGGUUUCUAUUAGAUAGCUGUGGGCAUGUUUAUUUGAAUCCUGCUCUUGGAUUUUUUUUUCCCAUUUUGGAUCUUCUUUACAUUUUGUAUGUCUGUCCUAAGGCCCUUAUGCCCAGGGCAACUUUUAAGUAAUACAUAUGUAUUUAUUAGGUUUCUAAUUUAUAUAGUAUAUUUCCAUCAUGACUUUAAAACUUUUUUUCACUGCUGAAAUUAGACUUAGAUUUGCCAGAUAGCCCCCUUUUUCGUUGUAAUCUGAAAAUGUAAAUGUAACCCCAUAGGCCUGAAACCUGGUAAGAGAAUGACUGGAAGCAUUUUGGAUUCAACAGAAUCACUUAAAUCACUCAUUUAUCUGUUCAAAUGAAGAACUUUGGUUGCUUAUUAGAAUGAAUGCUGUAUUCAACUUAAAUAAGAUCUUCCUUAUGAAGAUUUCUUUCAUUCUACCACUUAGAGGUUAAUUGGGAAUAAAAAGGUAGAUUUAUCAAUUUAUUCAGUAUAAUUUAACUCCAGACACUUGUUUAAAACAGAAAUAUAGCCACCACAGUGAAUACUUAGAAAAAUGUUAUGAAAAAUGGUACUGUUCUUUGAAGAUACAUUUAUUACUCCCCCCACCCAUUUGGUAGAGUGUCAUUUUUGAUAUAUUUUCCGGCCACUUGACUUUUAACUGACUUACGUGAAAAAAAGCACAUGUGUGCCUGAUGUUCAUUCUAAUCAUAUUUUAAAAUUCUCUUUUAAACUGCUGCAGUUAUAAUUUGUGAAAGAGGAGAAAGGUGAAUUGAAAUGGAGGGAAAUUUCUGUUAAUAUGUUAAAAUGUGUGACUUUGAUGCUCUUGGUUAAUCCUCUGCCAGUUGAUAUUUGUAUUAAUAUGAUAGACCUUUUUUUGUUAAUAAGAAUAUACUGUUGGCUUCAUCUUUAUUUUGCUGCUCACUGCGUUUCACACUACAAUGUUUUCAUCUUUUUCAGCUCACUGUUUUUGCUUCAUAUUUGUCUGUGUACUUGUGCUCUAAAUAAAAUUCUAGUUUUAUGUCCCA